UAAAUAUAUAAAUUAGAUUUUUGCAUUCCACUAUCGCUCAUUCAAAGUCAUUGAAUCCGAUCAAUAAGAAAGGUUCAUUUAGUAGUUGUUGUUUAUAGUAAUAGUAUCUAGGUGAGUGGGGUGGUUGUCUUCGCGUUUGUGGAUGUUGAAGGCAAUAACAAUGACCAUUAACGUAUAUCUUUUGGUGUGUUUGUCAGUCAUGAAAACAAUAACAUGUUCACCACCAUCGGUUGAUCCAUACAUUGAGAGUUUCGCCAAAGGUCUCAACGAAAUUGAACACAUCGCUAAAGAGUACAAACUCGAGGAACAAAAUUUCGAUGCUGAAAAACUAAAUUCUUCUGCAGGCCCCAGAGAUUUCGAUUUCAUUAUUAUCGGUUCAGGAGCAUCAGGAGCCGCUCUAGCAACCAGACUCUCGGAGGUUCACGACUGGAAGAUUUUGGUCUUAGAAGCAGGAUUCGUUGAAACACCAAUAUCCCAAGUACCCAAUAUGUACCAAUACCUACAGACAACACCUUAUGAAUGGGGCUAUACAACAACAGAACAAAAACAUUCCUGUCUGGGUAUGGAGGGCCACAAAUGCUCUAUUAAAUAUGGUAAAGCUCUCGGUGGUAUAACAUCAGUAGAUAAUAUGUUAUAUACAAGAGGAAACCAAAGAGAUUAUGAUAAAUGGGCUGACUUGGGUUUGAAGAACUGGUGCUGGAAUGAUGUAGCUCACUAUUUCAAGAAGAUGGAAGAUGCAUAUAUUCCUGAGUUGGAUAGAAAACAUCAUGCCUUUGGUGGUCCAAUCCAUCUGGAACAUUUCCGUCAUUCCACCGGCUUGGGAAAGCACAUAUUAGAAGCAGGACAUGAACUGGGUAUCAAGGCAGUUGACUACAAUGGCAAAGAUCAACUUGGACUCUCACUUCCCCACGCGACAACCAAGGCUGGUCGUAGGAACAGUGUAGCUCAGUCGUAUUUGGGACAAGCCAUCAAAAGACCUAACUUAGAAGUAAGAUUAGGUGCUAGAGUCAUACAAAUUUUGAUCAGUCCACACACGAAGGAGGCGUAUGGCGUGAAAUUUGUUCAAGAUGGUCAUAUACUCGUUGGAAAAGCUACCAAGGAGAUCAUUUUGGCUGCUGGACCUGUAAAUACACCACAGUUGCUUUUACUAUCAGGUAUUGGACCUAAAGAAGAUUUGGAAACUUUAAAAAUUGAAAAUUUAGCAGAUCUUAAAGUUGGAAGUAACCUCAAAGACCAACUUAGUUUCCUAGCAUUGAACUUCCAUGUAAAUGAGUCUUCAAAAGUCCCAGAGCAAAAAGAGAUGGUUGAGCAAUUAUUGAAACUGGGAGGAGGGCCUCUAACUUCUCCAGGAAUAGAAGCCGUAGGAUAUUUGAAGACUGAAGCUUCCAAAGAGAGUGUUGACUAUCCUGACAUAGAAAUGGUGGUACACAAAGACGUUCUCAAAAACGCCGAACAAUUCCAAAGAGCUAACCGCAUCAAGAAGGAUAUGCACGAAGUAACACAUCCCGAAACAGACUAUUUUAACAUCGAAGUAAAUCUUCUUCACCCCAAAUCAACAGGAUCAUUGAAAUUGCAUGACCAUGAUCCCUUCCACUACCCACUGAUCAAUCCAAAUUCACUUACCGAUCACGACGACCACGAUCUGGAAACUUUAGUGGCUGGUAUCCACAAAGCUAUAAAGUUAUCAAAAACUGAAGCCUUACAAAAACUAGGCCUACACCUCAGUGAGAAAAAGGUACCAGGAUGCGAAACAGAACAACAUGACCAUUACUGGAAAUGCGCGGUGAGACAUUUAUCGACCAACAAAGGACACAUCACCGGCACUGCUAGAAUGGGAGCUGAAGGCGAUAAAGAGGCCGUUGUAGACGAGAAACUUAGAGUUAAAGGAAUACAUAAGUUGAGAGUUGCCGAUGCCAGCGUCAUACCCGUAACUAUCUCUGGCAAUUUGGUUGGUCCUUCAAUUAUGAUUGGGGAGCGGGCGGCUGAUUUGCUAAAAGAAGACUGGAAAUAAGUUAUGUAUACUUAUAUGUAAUAUAUUAAAUAAAUAUAUAUUUUUGUUGUAUAA